AACUAUUUAUCUAACUAAUUUAAAUAACAAUUAGUAAUAGGAAUAUAGGAUGCCGGGUUCUGACAUAGUGACGGAGGAGGAUGUAAUCAGGAAGAGGUUGCUAAUGGACGGGGAGGGUAGUGGCGAGGAGAAGAGAGUUGUUAACCUCCUCAAAACAUUUGUCAAGUGGAUUCGUGAGCCUGCUGCUGAUGAUGCGACUUUUCAGAGGAUGGUUGCAGUGAUAGCACAAUGCGAGAUGACAGUAGACAAACUACACGUUGUAAAGCAGAUGAACGAGCAGGAAGCUAAAAACUACGCCAAACUUCACAAAGAGAUAGAAGGAGAGAUAACAGCUGGAAAGGAACGGAUAGAAAAGUACCAACAGCAACUGAGCAGGGCUAAACAGAUAAAAUCCCACAAACAGCAGUAUGACGCUAUAGCACAGAUUAUCAAACAGUACCCUUCUAAAGACGAAACUACAAGCUCUAUAUCUAGAACUGAAAAAGAAAUUGAAGAAUUAAAAAGGAAGAAAAUAUACUUUGAAGAAGAGGUCCAGAAGAGAAAGAGACAGUUCGAAGUACUAGUGUACAGUAUACAGCAGCUACAAUGUGAGCUCUCACAAGAUCCAGUACAGAGUAUGGAGGUGGACUCCUAGAAACUUCCUCAAUUUUGCUGUUGUUUUAACUCUUUUUAUACAGCUACAUUUCACUGCCAAAUGGAGCGUAUUAACAGUCUAACAGACUGACUUGAAGCGGAGCAGUUUUAUAAUGCUAUUUAUUUGAUUUUUAACUAUUUCACGUUGUUAUGACGCGACGUUGUUACUUGGUUACUAUUUCAGUUACUUGGUUACUAUUGCAGUUACUUGGUUACUAUUGCAGUUACUUGGUUACUAUUGAAGUUACUCGGUUACUAUUGCAGUUACUUCGUUACUGUUGUUUCAAAAAAGGUUUUUUAACCGAGUUUUGAAAAACAAAAAUUAAGAGUAUAUUAUCUGGGAGUUAUCAUUGGUUGUUGAGCUGGUCCUCAGCAAUGAAGCAAUUCCUCAAGCAAUUCCUCAAUAACUGUACGUGGUUGUAUUCCUUAUAUAUACACUACAGGAUCACACCAAUUAACCACCUAAUUAGAGACCUGGUCUUAUAAUCUGGUUUAGAACGUGGCAAUGAAAUACAACACUGCGAAUGUAAGACGGGAAGUUUUGUAAUUUGAAACUUAAUAACCUACUUCCCUAAAAGCGCAUUAUUAUUCACUUUAUCAGUUUAA